GGCGGAUGGAUGUAAUUUAUGAUAAUAUAAUGAUAAUCAAAAUAUUUUAGGAUAUCCCACGCUUCAAGUUUCCUUGUAUUUGAUUGGGUCCUUAAAAAUGUUCUCGUCUCUCAUUGGUUGGUUUGCUUACUAGAAGGCGGGUUAAAUGUCCAUCACCUGUUGGCGCUUCUACCAACCGCUCCCACGAGGCGUCAUCCUUGGGGAGGUGCCUGUUACUCGACCUAGUGAGUGAGCACAAAAGACGACCUCGGUAGGUUUCUCUGCUUCAAAUCACCAUUUACGGAACCCUGUGUGAAUCUCGGCUUCAUACUGGAGCUCGUGAAGGACACGGACCGCGUGGCGCACAACUUAGAAAAUCGUGAAGCAGACUGCCUCUUAUACCGGAAUCAGAAUUCUUUGAAAAACAGCAGGAAAGAAAGUGCUUUGGGCGAUAUCGCGAGGGGAAUUCAACACAAGCCGUCGGGAGUCGAUUAAAAGCCGUUGUAGCCAGAGGCUUGAGCCAGCAUUAGUCUACACCCCUGACAGUUGAUGCGAGAGCACGUGGAGAAGCUAAUCUUUCUAGUAGCAAGCGAGUGUGCUUCUGUCCCCGAGCAGCGGUUUGAGACCUAAAUCACGAUCCCAAAACGGGAGGUGGCAUCACAGCCAUAGCCAGGAGACCUAAAGCCCAGACAGUCAAAUCUAAAGAAACACGAACAGAGGAAAAUCUAGAACACGUUUUCACAGACACUUCCUGAUAAUCUAAUCAAAAGAGAAAAACCCUCUUUCUCUCAAGUUCGUUAGGCUAAGGGGUGCAAGGUGCAUUCGGAAGACAUCUUGGCGAAGACCGUGCGACCCACGUGGCCGAUGUUCGGGCUGCAGGAGGGAGGGCUGCAGCCCCGAGGUCCUAUGGCCACGCUAAAAGAAGAGCCCCUGGGUACGGGUCAGCUGGGAACAGUCCGAAGCGGUUGGAUGCAGCCUGCCAUGAUCGACCAGACAACGGGCAGUGUCGGCUUAGGACGGGCUCACUUCGAAAAACAACCUCCGUCCAACUUAAGAAAGAGCAACUUCUUUCAUUUCGUGGUAGCCCUCUAUGACAAGGCUGGUCAACCGGUGGAAGUGGAGAGGUCAUGUUUUGUCGGGUUCGUGGAGAAAGAUCAGGAAAGUGACGGGCAAAAAACCAACAAUGGCAUACAUUAUCGUCUUCAGCUGCUCUACGCCAGCGGUGUGAGGCAAGAACAAGAUAUGUACGUUCGGCUGAUCGACUCAGUGACAAAACAGGCUAUCGUCUAUGAGGGACAGGAUAAAAACCCUGAAAUGUGCCGAGUUCUGCUCACACACGAAGUCAUGUGUAGCCGUUGUUGUGACAAGAAAAGUUGUGGGAACAGGAAUGAAACCCCGUCGGAUCCAGUGAUUAUUGACCGGUUUUUCCUUAAGCUAUUCCUCAAAUGCAACCAGAAUUGCCUGAAAAACGCAGGAAAUCCUCGGGACAUGCGGCGGUUUCAGGUUGUUAUUUCAACACAAGUCACAGUAGAUGGCCCUCUGUUGGCAGUUUCUGACAACAUGUUUGUACACAACAACUCGAAACACGGCAGAAGAGCCAAAAGACUGGACCCAACAGAAGUUCUGUUUACAGCAACACCAUGUAUUAAAGCCAUCUGUCCCAGUGAAGGUUGGACGACAGGGGGCAGCACAGUUAUAAUCAUUGGAGAUAAUUUUUUCGACGGUCUUCAGGUUCUGUUCGGUACUAUGUUAGUGUGGAGUGAAUUGAUUACAUCACAUGCUAUCCGAGUCCAGACACCCCCACGUCAUAUUCCUGGUGUUGUGGAAGUCACUUUGUCGUACAAAUCUAAGCAGUUUUGUAAAGGAGCACCUGGAAGAUUUGUCUACGUUUCUCUGAAUGAACCUACAAUUGAUUAUGGUUUCCAACGUUUGGCGAAACUCAUCCCUAGACACCCCGGUGAUCCAGAAAAACUUCCCAAGGAGAUCAUAUUAAAGAGAGCAGCGGACCUAGCAGAAGCCCUGUAUAGCAUGCCGAGGAACAACCAGCUAGCACUUCCAGCGCCACGAUCCCCAGCUCUAAACAAUACCACAGCGAUGUCAGGCUUCAAUGCAUACACUGGUCAGUUGGCUGUAAACGUCCAAGAAAAUGGUACAGAGUAUGGACGAGUCCAGAGCAAUAGUGUAUCCCCCAGAGGAUACGGAUCGAACACAUCGACCCCCCAUAGCACAAACGGAGCGACUUACGGGGCGGCGACCAUGAAUGGAGGUUAUGGAGGGCCAGGAAACCUUGGGAAUAUGGCGGUACCAGGUUCUCCAGGUCUUUUUAAUGUACCGUGUUUUACCGGUGGUGGAGGAUCGGGAACUUCUUCACAAGCCCUGUUCUCCGGAAGCCUGGCCAUGGGCAACAGGCUGUCAGAUGUCCGACAAGAGGGUGCCUUUGCCCUGGUCUCUUCCUCGUCUUGCAGCAGUACUGUGUUUGGGUCUUGCCCCGGGAGGGGGGUUGCAGCUACCUUUCCCUGCAGAAAAGGAAUGGGCGGGAUUGUAUCUUCACCUUUUGCAGCCAUGAAUCCUUUUGCUCUGCCAACUUGCAACGGUCAGUCCUACGGCAGCUCAAUCGUUUCUUCAGCCAAAUGACCAGAAUGGUAUACGCACAUCCCUGCUCCUCAGGUCGCCGAGGUUAACUUCGCACACUAGUGACUGAAGAGAAUGGCUAAGCCUAACUAACAAACCUCAGAUUUUUGACACCAAAGAUUUUAUCUGAAUCAACUUUGUUCUUUUUGUUAUUUUGUGAUUGUGUUUUGAUCUCAGCUUUUUAGGCGUUUGCGCCUUAUUUAAUCCUGUGGAGAACUUCUAGGGUUGUGCGCAUUCCAGCAGCUAUAUGGAACAGUGGAAUGUCAAGCUGUAAACCAUCAAAAAGGGUAAAUUGAUCCUUAAAACUUCAAGACUAUGUAUUCCUUGACCAAGAAAGAAAGAUAUGGUUUGUCCUUAUGAGAUGUUGUUUUGUGUCAUGCUCGUGACAAAUAUAUAUAUAGUAAAACGUUUUGUGACCGAAGAAUUGUGUAACAUACGAUGAAACAGUUAUUGAAAUAAUUAUUCUUUACCGAUUGUAUUAAAGGAACUUGUGAGAAGCUGUUUUCACAGCAGAAGAGGUCAAGGUCAAAUUCAAAAGAAAUCCUCCUUCUUUUCCUUUCUAAUUGGUUGAAACGUGUAGGUAACGUUUGAAAUAUAAAUGUUACCUAUAUAUUUUCGUGCUCAAUUGUUGUUAUAUUUAUGGCGUAUUUAGAGUAAUGGUUAUGGCUAUUUGAUGUUACCUGUUGCCAUGAUUAAUUUUUUAUGUAUUUCAUUAUGGUAGUAUGAAUUCUGCAUGGCAAAUAUCAUUAGUUAUGCUCAUAUAUAUGAGGGUUCUUUUUCUAGUCCUGUAAAAAAAGAAUGCUUCAACUAUUUCAGAACAGUAAUUACAUAAAACAUGACACGGUAAAAAGAAUAAAUAACUUUUUCAGGUACCGUUUUCAAAACGAAGUCCUUUAGUGGGUAAGCAGUAGAUUAACGCACUUGCAUAACUAAAAUUCGGGGUUCGAUUUCCUGCCGUGAACAUAGCGCAGAUUGUCCGAUGUGUAUCUAUGCGCUCAUAAAACAAUAUCAAAAACAAAUCUAGUAUAUAUAUCACAUUUGAAUUUAUACUUAUCAAAUUUUGUGAAACAGAAAAAGGCUCAAUGAUUUUUAACGUUUUUCUUAGAUUGAUUUUUUUUUUACAUAAAAUACGCUCUAUAAAGAAAUCGUUUUUUUCUGAUAAUGUUUCAUAUUGAUUUUUGAACGGACCACAAAUCACACAAAGUGAAAUGUAUUUUUCUUAUUCUUCGAACAUUGACUCAACAAAAGUUAAUAUUGAAGACUAUGCUUCACCUGACACAACCAAAAACUGGCCGUGAUCCAUGGAAUUGUAGUGACACUUCAGUGGCACUCAUUGGUUUAAGGGAUAUAUUUACCUCACCUCUUACGUGCCAUUUGUAAAGAAAUUUACCAUUCGUAUUCAUGUAAAUAAUAAAGAAAGCGUAAACACUCAUUUUGUGAUCUUAUUGUAAAAUGUUCUGUGUAAAGAUUGUAUUAAUUUAUUGUAUGUUCUCUGGGAGUGUCAAAAGUGUUACUUAAUUUUCUGGGUGGAAUUUACAAACAAGUUUCUUUAUUUGUAUUCCUCAAUAAUGUCAUAUUUCAACGACUAAUUCGCCAAAGUCAAUACAUUGUUUUUUUCUCUACAGUUAACCCUAAUGAUUAUUUAAGCCUGCUAUUCACUUCUUGUGGCUCAGUUUUGUACUUUCUCUUGUAGUCGUGCAAUAAAGUGUCCAUCUUGUAAAGAAAAGAUUAGAGGUUUUUACAUAUUGAAGGAUAAGUGACGUAAAUACAUAAACGGAAAAAUAUAUUCAUUGAUCUAACUGCGUUUUGCACAUAAACAAUUAUGUUCUUUCUUGAAAUGUAAAUAAACCGUUUUUAAAAUUCA